UCUACCUGCGAAAUGUCCCGGCUCUCAGCUGAAGGAGAAGCUGAAGAAGAAGCGAACAAUCAUGCUGUUGUACGCUACGGCACCACCACCGCCGACACCCCUCCUCCACUGCCACAUAGCUGAAGCCAGCGUCGAUGCAGGCGUUCACCAAUUUACUUGGCGACCAACUUGGUGUUUACCUCGACCUCCAGCCGUCGGUAACGUUAUUCGUGCUAGCAGUGGGAUGCUAACGUAGCGUUACGUCGUCCGGCACAAGUUGAAGUCAUCGCAGAAGGACAAGGUUCGGCAGUUCAUGUCCUUCACACAGGCCGGGGAGAGGACAGCCGUGUACUGCCUGACGCAGAAUGACUGGAAACUAGAAGUCGCCACAGACAACUACUUCCAGAACCCAGACCUCUACUACAAAGAAUCCAUGAAAACCUCAGUGGACCGCAAGAAGCUGGAACAACUGUACAACAGAUACAAAGACCCCCAGGAUGAGAAUAAGAUAGGCAUUGAUGGGAUCCAGCAGUUCUGUGAUGACCUGACCCUGGACCCGGCUAGCAUGAGCAUACUUGUGGUGGCGUGGAAGUUCAGAGCGGCCACGCAGUGCGAGUUCAGCAGGAAAGAGUUCCUGGAUGGCAUGGCUGAGCUCGGCUGCGACAGUCCUGAAAAACUCAAGGCGAUCCUUCCCAGAUUAGAGCAGGAGCUGAAAGACACAGGGAAGUUCAAAGACUUCUACCAGUUUACCUUCAAUUUUGCCAAGAACCCCGGCCAGAAAGGUUUAGACCUAGAGAUGGCUGUUGCUUACUGGAAUCUAGUUCUCACAGGUCGCUUCAAGUUUUUGGAUCUCUGGAACCGCUUCCUGCUGGAGCAUCACAAGCGCUCCAUUCCCAAGGACACGUGGAACCUCCUUCUGGACUUCGGCAAUAUGAUUGCAGACGACAUGUCAAACUACGAUGAGGAAGGAGCAUGGCCUGUCCUCAUAGAUGACUUUGUGGAGUUUGCUCGGCCGAUUGUGACGGGGAGUAAGCGCAACAUGACAUAGUGUUUGUCCCAGCGUCAUGCAGCGGACAGAGUUUGUCUUUCCCCCAAUUUUGUUUUUUUCUGAAUGAGGAUUUUUAUACAAAUGAGCCAAAAAGAGACUACUUCUCAAUAAGUGUGUCUGCAGCUUGUCGUUAAGAUUGUUCUUCCACCUGCCGUGAUGCCGUGGCUGGGGAGUAACCUGGAAACACCAGAUCGGAGAGGAAAGCAGGAGGGGAAUCAACCAGAGUGAGAUGAUGUUUGUUUUGUGAUGGGUAACCGAAAACUCGUCACUCAUGGGCAGAACACAAAUGGGUGUGGCUUCGAAAUGCUGCUGUGGACUUGGCUCACUAUUCUGCACCCUUGGCACAAAGAGGAGGACAGUAACGGUGAACCUGCAGCAUACGCAGAGGAAUUAAGUUAUAGAUGCAGUAGGAUGUGGCCUCUUCCAUUGUCAAUUGUGAAUGGAGCUGUACGUUAAAAUCUGCAUGUUUUUGUCAGCUAGUGUGACGCGGUGCCAUGGAUGUUGAGCGGGACAAAAAAAAGUAAUAAUAGUCAUAAUUUUCACUGAGAUUUGCGAAUGUGGAGCUCUCUAACAAUCACACCGAGAGCAGAGAGAAGGUGUGCUUGCUCAUCAUUUUGAGUGUGUGUAUGGGUGUGUAUGAGCGUGUGUUGGUUGGGGAGGGGGUUUAAACAUAUUGCCUCUUUUACAAUAUGAUGCGAAAUAUUUUCAUUUGGUGUUAAUAUACUCAGAGGGUAAGAAAUGAUGUUUCACCUUAACUGAGCAACAGCGAGAAAAGUUCAGAUCCAUAAUACAUUUUGUAUUCAGGCUGAGAACUGGACAGAGCAGCAUGCUUUUUGAGCUCAGCACCAGCAGAAUCUCUAUUGUUACAGUUGUAAAACACUGUACCCAUAGGAAUAAGGAUAGACUCAGUUUUAGAAGAAUGAAAAUGUAUAUCUGAGAGAACAGGUAAAGACAUUUAUAAUCAUGAUUUAGUACAUAAGAAGCAUUUAGGAUCCUCAUUUUUAAACUGCUACUGCAUUACACACAUGGUUUUACUGUAGUUUUGCGGUGUGUAAACUGCUGUACACGAAGAGAAACUGACUGGCACACUGACUGUUUUCUAUUAUCCAGGUGAUGAUGGCUUGCCAACUCUACAAACUGCACUGAUUUACCACUUUUUCUGUUGUUUUAGGUCUUCUUUAUCAGGCAGCACUGUAUACAGCUACAGAGCUACUCAGUUUACAUGACAGUAGGUUCACUCACACACACAUUUUUACAUGAACGUUCCAGCCAGGAGUGUUUGAACUGAUUGCAUACACUGUUUGAGGUUUAAGUCUGUUGCUUUUCUUGGAUUAGCAAAUGCAGGUGGUGGGAUGUUUACCUUAGAACUAAUACAGCGAUAAGAACACUGCUUGCACUGCCAUCUAGCGGUGGCUGUGUACUAUAGCAUGUCUCAAUGUACUGUAGUCCAACGCCACAUCACAGCUGGUGGUCACAAGUGUAUGAGAACUGACCAAACCCAGCUGGAUGUGGUCAGAAGACUUGGGCCUUUCAACUCAGAGGUCAGUGCAGCAAUGCUUUUCCUCCAUAAAAGAUUUUGUGUUACUCUUUAUGUGUAAUUAUCAACACUAAACAGCUCUGUGUUAGCGAAACGCAUCCCCUUUCUGGGCUGAAGAGUGUGACAGAAGGUCGAGCUCAGGUACCAGUAGUCCUCUCCCAGUCGCAGUGAGCAGCAGGCGGCUUUCUGUCCUUAACAGCAACCAACAAUGCUAUCAUGUUCUGCCAAUUGUCGCCAUGACAAACCCUUUGUUUCGAAACGGUGGGAUCAUUUCCCUGCAUCAAAUUUCUCUGUCCCGUUGCCAUGUAACUACAGGGGAGAUGGUUAUAAUUUGUUUUCCUUCAGCUGACAAACUUGUGUGUAAAUUCUCAUAUUUAUGUAAACAGUAUUCAGAUAUAAAACUAUGGUACUGUGCGUGAAGUUGAACUGAAGAAGCUGAGGCAGAUCAGGAAGGGGAUUUAUUAUUAUUUCAGUCCCAGACUGAAUGCAGAUGAGUGGCAAAGAAACCAGCUUCAUCAUGACUGUUAAACAGUCACUGUAGGAGCUCAUAAAAGUGUCAUAUUGUUCAUCUUUGUAACUAAGCAAGUUAUAUAUGUGUAGGUGCAAUGAAAUAUAAAGUGUUUCUGACUGUCGGAACAGUGAGAUGGUGCGAAAGCUUCUCCAGGUUGAUUGUCAUAGACUCUGGUUCAGGAGCAAGAAAAUGUGACAUCUUUCAGUAUUCAGUUUGAUGACAUGGUACAUUUGGUACAUUUUUAUUUGUCAAACGUGUGGUCAGCUGUUUCUAGUCUUGCAGAUCAUUCUAAUCGAAACAGUAUUAUUUUUGCCAGCAAGAAAACAGGUAUUUACAGAAUAUUAUGUUUAUGUCAGAGAAGCAUACCCUACAAUGUUUUCUUUGAGAAGAUUGUCAAUAAAGCAUGU